CGACGCCGAGUCCUCGCGCGCGCGCCGACGCUCGAGCGCGCGAUGCCGUCGGCGUUGUGCGCGUCGAAGAAGCGCUAUCGCGCGCUGACGCGCGGGACGAAGCCCGAGGCGGGACCGAACGCGCCAGUCGUGUACUGGCUGUCCAGGGACCAACGCGUGCGAGAUAACUGGGCGCUGCUGCGCGCGUGCGACGUCGCGCGCGCGAACGACGCGCCGGUGGUGAUCGCGUUUAAUCUGCUGACAAAGUUCCUCGGCGCGGGGGCGCGACAGUUCGGGUUCAUGCUGCGUGGACUUCGCGAGCUGGAGGGCGCGGCGAAGGCGAAAAACGUGACGUUCGCGAUGACGUACGGGGAUGAGCCAGCGAUCGCGAUCGAUGCGCUGGCCAAGAAGAUUGGUGCGAAAACGAUCGUGUGCGACUUUUCGCCGCUUCGCGAUGGGUUGAAAUGGCGGAAAGAACUGGCGGCAUUGUGCGAGGCGCGCUCGGCGCACUGCGAGGAAUGCGACGCGCACAACGUAGUGCCGUGCUGGGAAGCGAGCGACAAGCUCGAAGUCGGCGCGCGGACGCUUCGAGGGCGCUUGGCGAAGCGUUACCCGGAGUUCUUGCACGAAUUCCCGGAAGUGCCGGAUGAUUUGCCCAAGUACAGCGGCCCGGCGCUCGACGCGGUGAAGUGGGACGACAUCAUCGCCGAGGCGCUGUCGCGCGGGCAAGCGGUGCCGGAAGUGACGUGGGCGAUCCCGGGCGAAACCGCGGCGCACGCUGUUUUGGACGACUUUGUGAACUCACGCAUGAAGUUGUACGAGAAGCGCAACGAUCCAUCCAAGCCGCAGGCGCUGAGCGGGCUGUCGCCUUGGCUGCACUUUGGGCAGAUUUCUGGUCAGCGAUGCGCGCUCGAGGCAAAGAAAGCCGUCGGAAAGGCGUCGCCGCCCGCGUAUGAGUCGUUCUUCGAAGAGCUCGUCGUUCGUCGAGAGUUGUCCGACAACUUUUGCUACUACAGCCCGAAGUACGAUCAGAUUGAGGGACAAAAGUACGACUGGGCCAAGGACACGCUUCGCCUGCAUGCGAGUGACAAGCGUCCGUACUUGUACUCGCUCGAAGAACUCGAGCGGGCGAAGACGCACGACGAUCUGUGGAACGCCGCCCAGCGAGAGUUGCGUUAUGGAGGUAAGAUGCACGGCUUUUGUCGAAUGUAUUGGGCGAAGAAGAUUCUCGAGUGGACCGAGUCGCCCGAGCAAGCGUUGAAGUUUGCAAUUUAUUUGAACGACACGUACUCGCUGGAUGGUCGCGAUCCGAGCGGCUACGUCGGAUGCAUGUGGUCCAUCGUGGGCGUGCACGAUCAAGGUUGGAAAGAACGCGAAGUUUUCGGCAAGAUUCGAUACAUGGCGUACGACAGCACAAAGAAGAAGUUUAGCAUCCCCGACUACAUCGCUCGCGUCAACGCGCUCGUCAAGGCGGCGAAAGCAGACUUCAAAUCUGGCGAGAGCUCGCACGCCGCUAAUCCCGGGUUGUUCAAAAUCAACGUGCCGGCGGCAAACAAGCGCAAGGCUACGGAGGAGGCGCAAUAAUUCAAAU